CCCUAAGCAGCUUUUGGAUGGAUGAUAAAAGCGAGGAGUAAAAAUUGAAAAUUUGGAAAAUGUCUGAGCCCUUUCAACAGGACUCCUCAGAAGUCUUUUCUAGUUCACUGUUUGAUAUUGCAUCAGAUGUGCUCUAUGAGAGAUUCAGGAAAUUUAAGAGGAAAGAUGAACAAUGUCAAGCAUUUGUGAAGAGAGUCAUAACAAGUCGUCUAUUUAAGAUAAUUAUGAUUAGCACUAUCUCAGUGAAUGCCUUUUUUAUGGUCUUGUGGACCGAUUAUAAAAUAAGAUACCGCUUGUUCAGACUUUUUGAGAUCUCAGAGAUGGUUUUUGUGGCCAUCUACACCUCUGAAUUCUCCAUGAAGGUCUAUGUGGACCCUAUCAACUACUGGAAGGAUGGCUAUAACCUGCUGGAUGUGGUCAUUAUCAUCAUUAUUUUCAUCCCCUAUGUGCUCCAUGAGGUCAAGGGUAAACACUUCCGGUACCUCAACAUCACUGAUGGCAUACAGUCCCUGCGCAUCCUCAAACUUAUCACCUAUAGCCAAGCCAUCAGAACACUCAUCACCGCCAUGGGGCAGAUAGUCUACAUCGUGGCCUCUGUGCUCAUCUUGUUCUUCAUCCUGCUGUACAUCUUCGCUAUUUUGGGCUUCUACCUGUUUGGAGUUCUAGAGAGGGGUGACAUGAAUAACUGGGGGAGCCUGGAUACUAUUUUCUUCACCCUCUUCAGCUUGGCCACGGUUGAAGGCUGGACAGAUAUGCAGACGCAGUUGGAAAAGCACAAUUUUAUUGUGAGCCGAGCAUUCACCAUCAUUUUCAUCUUGCUUGCCUCCUUCAUAUUCCUCAGUGUGUUCGUGGGUGUGAUAAUCAUGCCAACCGAGGUCUCCCUCAAGAAGUUUGAGCAAGACCUGAUGCUAGAGAAGCACAUGGAGGAGAAGAUGCAGAUGAUCCUGAAGCAACAACAGGAGGAGAUGAACAGGUGGAUGCCGAUACAGAAAACUGAAACUGUUGACAAAAAUCUCAGUGAGUUGAUGGAGAACUUAAAGAAGAGCCGGCGGGACACUGACCCCAUGGUCUUGAGUGAUUUUGCCACUAGCCUGCUCUUCAUUGACAUAUACUUGUCCAUUUUGGACAAACAGGACACCACUGUCAAACAGCUUCAAGAGCUGUACUGUAAGACUAUGCAUAUGUUGGGCCUGAUGCUCAAAGAUUUACCCCAGAAGAAGAAGUCUGAAUCCUUAGAAAAGAUCGAUGAGAAGUAGAUGGGCAAGAGUGGGAGCACCCAAGGCCUGGUGUCUUUACAGGCUGUAACAGUUACUAUUAAAUGCAGGAUUUUGGAGCUGGCCUCUCUAGAGUUGCUGUGAAUUUGGUACUUUCACCUUUGGGGGUUGGUCUGGAUAGAUACCCAUGAAGUCCGAUUCCCCAGAACCCCAUGAUGUAGCAGACCUAGGGAGUGGGGAAAGGAGGGUUAAGACUGGCCCUGGCCAGGAGCCACAUGCAGGGACCACAGUGGCUCUAGCUUCCCUGGACCCAGCAGCAAGGGCCCAUUGGAUCCAGGAGGAGCUGCCUGAGGACCACAGGCAGAGAAAGAGCCCCAUCAAAGAGGGCGACCUUGCUGAUAUGGGAGCCUCUGAGGGCUGAUCUCUAUGCGGGGCCCAUCCCUGGCAGGGCUACAGCUCUGUAUGCACUCACUGCUGUGCAGACUCCUUUGGAACCCUACUCUGAUUUCUCCCAGGCUCACCCUGAGGUGUGACUGGCAGGAGUCUGUCAUAUGCACCUAGAGUUCAGCCUCGGUCACUGGCAAUGUCAGGACAAUUUGUACCUUGACCCAGAGGACGCCUUAGACUGCUUCCCUCCUGUGGCUAGUU